UGGCACCAGUGGAGCGCGGAAAGAACAAGUUGCUCAGAUCGCCGCCUCGACAGGAUUAUUAAGGAGAACAUGUUCGGGACCUUCAAUGGCAUUUACUCCCGCGCUGAUUAUACGUCGCUUUGUUUUAUUGACUGUCACAAGAGACCCAGAGAGGGAAGAGGCUUUUGACCAAGAGAACAGGUAAGAUUUCAUUUCCACCAUGUCAGCCAAUGGGAGCUCAGUGGCAGGUUGCAGGUCAGAGGUCAGACCAAGCAACAACACCUGCAGCCAGAAGGAUCUGUCAGUCACCGCCUCUGCCUUCUCCAUGACCGUGGGCGUCCUCUCCAACAGCCUCGCGCUCUUCAUCCUCCUCACUUCCUACAGCCGCGUCCGGAUCAAGUCCAAGGCGUCCUUCCUGCUGUUUGCCAGCAGCCUGGUGGUCACAGACCUGCUGGGUCACAUCAUCAACGGCUCCCUGGUGCUCCUCGUCUACAGCUUCCACAAGAAAUGGGAGACGUUUGACCCUCACCACAUCGUGUGCAGCGUCUUCGGGGCGUGCAUGGUGUUCUUUGGCUUGAGCCCCUUGUUCCUGGGGAGCGUCAUGGCGGUGGAGCGCUGCAUUGGAAUCACCAGACCUAUCUUCCACUCCACGGCGUUAGUUUUCCGCCACAUGAAAAGGCUGUUGGGACUCACCUGGCUGCUCGCUGCCCUGGUGGCUGUGCUGCCUGUGCUGCUGUGGAGGCCCUACAAGGUUCAGAGCUCCAGAAGCUGGUGCUUCUUCCAUAUGGAUGAACCCAAAGACUGGCUUGAUGUGCUCCUGUCUCUGCUUUUCUCCAUGCUGGGGCUGCUGGCCCUACUGCUCUCUAUUGUGUGCAAUGCACUGACAAGUUGCACUCUGCUGCAGGCCAGACUGAGCCGCAAGCACCACUGCAGAGGCACAUCCUACCACAUAGAGAUGAUCUGCCAGCUGCUGGCUAUCAUGUUGGUGUCUUGUGUGUGCUGGGGUCCAUUACUGAUCCGCGUCAUCAUGCUGAGCAUCAGAGCCAACGACGAGUCUUUCAGUCUCCUGAUGGUGGUACGUAUGGCCACGUGGAACCAGAUCCUGGACCCCUGGGUCUACAUCCUGCUGAGGAAGGCUGUUCUGAGGAAAAUCUUCAUCUUGUUUCACACCUGCUGGGACUCGAAGUCUAAUAGCCUGCACCGCUGGCAGCGCAGCAUGCUCCACAGCUCCAUGGACACCAGCAACUCGGGUGCCGCCCCCACCAACUGCCGCUUCCUCGGCAGAUUACCUCUGCAGGAAACUUCGAUCAAAUCCAUCACCUGAACCCUGGUCACAGUGUUUUGAUGUGAGAAACCAUGAAGAAGCUUUGAAGAUGUGCAACACUGUGUUGGAAUACAAACAGUCAAGGUCAUUACAUAAACUACAAUUAUAAAGUUGUAAAAUGGUCACCAUGAACUGGCAGUAUUGUGCUCUAUUGUAUAAUGUGGGAUUUAACUUUAUGUUUUGUUUUUAAUUUCAGCUCUGUUUUAUGCAUCUUUGGCUCUGAACGUCUGUCCAAAAUGUUCACAGUGCUCAGAAAAUAUUGUCAAAUGUGGUUAAUGCAGAACACAAAUGUCUAAAUAUACAAAAUAAUGUAAGAUCACCAUUUCUUUUUCAGUCAAGAUAUUUGCAGCAUUGAUCUAUCUCUCUAUCUAUCUGUCUGUCUGUCUGUCUGUCUGUCUGUCUGUCUGUCUGUCUGUCUGUCUGUCUGUCUGUCAUCAAUAGUCUGCUUGUAGGUAAUAUAUACAUAACUGUAAAUGUAAUGUAAUGUUCUGCACAGGUGCUUUUGUAGCAUCUCAUGUCAU